CGACCAAACAAAACGAAGUGUACGGCGCACGACCGCUUCCGCCAAGAUCAGAGCCAGUCACCUCGCCCUCCUCAGCGCCUGCCACCUCUUCAUUCUUUUUUAUCACUUUCCUCUGGUCAUUACCGCCGAGCACAGCUCUUCGUUCAUUUUCCACGCUUAUCAGCGAAUCUAACAAGAACCGAAAUGAGUCUGCACGUUGCCGAUAAGGACGACUUCAACAAGAAGUUGGAGGAGGCUGGCAGCAAACUGGUCAUUGUGGACUUUUUCGCCACCUGGUGCGGUCCAUGCAAGAUGAUUGCUCCCAUCCUUGAGAGCAUGGUCGCUGAAAAUCCGAAUCUCGUGGUCCUGAAGGUUGACGUGGAUGAAUGCGAAGACCUGGCAACAGAGUAUAGCAUCAGCGCGAUGCCCACCUUCAUUUUCAUUAAGAACAAGACAAAAGUCGACACUCUGACUGGCGCCAAUCCAGAGAAGCUUAAAGCCCUCGCUGCCAGUUUACUGUAAUUUGUUUGUUCUUAUUUAAAAUAAGUGAAUAUAUUCCAGUCCAUAAUAUGACCCCAAAAAAGGAUUAAAUCAUCCUGGCCCUAGCAAAAUUGCGUAACUUUCAACAACCAAACGCGAAUUUCCUUGUUGCAAGAAAAAGUCAACAAUCAAUUCGACAAUGAAAAUUUGGGUGUUUGUUGAACGUUGCGCAAUUUUGCCGGGACCAGGACGAAAUCUACUUAAGUGGUAAAGCUGCCCACAGUUUGAUGCAACGUGUUAUGUAUUUUAACAAAAAAGUAAUCCUUGUGCCUAUUCAAUUUAUAUUUCCAAUUCCAAAUAUUUUACAUUGUUUCCAAAGACACUUAUAAGCCUCUCAUAGCUUUACACUAUUCGGUUUGGCGUUUUAAAUAAAGAUGUAUUAUUGCUUCACAAA